UGUUUUUGUUUUUGUUUUUUGUUUUGCAAUCCAUAUAAAAAUGAUCUUCAAUGUUCUUUUAGAAUAUGAACAGUAGAUUGAUGUUUUGAAUAUACAUUUUUUGUCAAAGGAAUACAGCUUGCAAGCAUCUGUUCUUGUACUGCUUCUCAGCUUGUUUUCCGGUAUGUGCCGCAGCAUUCUCCUGAAUGAUAAAGAGUAUAAUUCACGAUAUGGGGAUUGGGAGUCUGUCGUGGACUAGGUCUGAAUUGAAGUUUUAUGAUGGGUUACCGCCGAUGGUUCUUGAUGGUUCAAUUACUGCCAAGGAUAGUUUGAAACUGAAUUGUUUGGCCAAUUUGCCUUUGGAGCUCUUGAGGGGUAUAUUGACGCGGGUUGAGGAAUCCGGUUGUAAUUGGCCCCAGAGAAAGAAUGUGGUUGCUUGUGCGGGUGUUUGUAGGAUUUGGAGAGAAAUCAUGAAGGAAAUAACAAGAAGCCUAGAAGUCUCCGGCAAGUUGACAUUCCCCAUUGCCCUGAAGCAGCCUGGUCCAAGAAACACCCUAAUUCAAUGUUUCAUCAAAAGGAAUCGUGAUACGCAGACAUAUCACCUUUACCUCAAUUUGAAUCAAGCUUCUAAUGAUGAUGGGAAGUUCCUUCUUUCUGCUCAAAGAUUUAGAUGCACAGCAUAUACAGAGUACAUAAUAUCUCUAAUUGCUGAUGAUGCAUCAAAAGACAGCACAUUCUAUGUCGGAAAGUUAAGAUCUAAUUUUUUGCGGACCAAGUUCACAAUCUAUGAUGUACAGCCCCCAAAUGCCGGUGCCAAAGUUACGAAAUCUCAUUCCACAAAGUUAGCUGGAAUGAAACUAGUCUCUCGCAUGGUCCCUUCUGGCAACUAUCCUGUGGCCCACAUUUCAUAUGAGGUGAACAUCUUGGGUUCAAGGGGUCCAAGGCGAAUGCAGUGCGUCAUGGAUUCUAUACCGAGUUCUGCGAUUGAACCCGGAGGUAUGGUUCCUGUACGAAGUGAUUUCCCGCUUGGCAACCGAGAUUCCUUUCUUUCCAUUCCAUUUUUCAGAUCAAAAUCAACUUCCGUAGAUAGUUUUCAAUCUGGACCAUUAUCAACAUUUGAAGUCGAGAUGCUAAGUUUGAAAAACAAGUCUCCCAGAUGGAACGAACAACUCCAGUGCUGGUGUCUCAACUUCAAUGGACGUGUAACAGUUGCUUCUGUGAAGAACUUUCAGCUGGUUGCUUUUGUUGAGAAUGGAGCCGGUGGACAAGAGCACGAGGAUGUUAUUCUCCAAUUCGGAAAAGUGGCAAAGGAUGUGUUCACAAUGGACUAUCAGUACCCAAUCUCUGCUUUCCAGGCAUUUGCCAUUUGUCUCAGCAGCUUUGACUCCAGAACUGCUUGUGAAUGAAAUCAGGUGCUAUGUUAACAAACUUAAUGCCAUAAUUUGAUCACGUCAUGUUUAGAACAUUGAAAUUCGCACAAUUUCAUUCAAACUUGAACUUUGUUCCAAUUCUGAGGCUUCAAUUCUUUGCCAUCGAACACUAAGUACAUUGUCUACUAUUUUCUACACACUGUAUUUUCUGUCAAGUUUAUGGAAAACCAGGCAGAUUUUUUUGGACAUAUUUUUUAUGUUUUUAAAUGAGUUGCAACUUCUUGGUGCUA